AUGCUCGAAAUGUGCCUGCCAAAGUCCAACCACAAGAAGCUCAUUGAAGAGUGCUAUCCGGUCCCAAAGGCGCUCGCCACCUCCGGACCAGAGUACCGUCCCAACUCCAACGAGCUUAGCCGCCUCGCUUACUAUGCCACCAACAAGCCUGCGAAGCUCGCAAAGGUCGGCGCCGUCCUCGAGGCUCGCGCGGCGACCGAUGCCCGCGCCGCAAAGGGCAGCGGAGCCGCUGCUGACAAGGGAAAGGCUGGUCUGAUGAUCACGCUGUCCAUCACGCAGAACCUCUUGACCGAGUGCAAAGCCCACCUCAACUACUUUAUCCGUCCGGCCCAGGCCAUCAUCGCCUCGGGCCUUGACGCCGCCGGCCCCAACCCGCACAGGCCGCGGGAUCUUGAGAUCAGCGCAAGGUCCGCCAGCGCCUUCUACGCCCUCGCAUCCUACAUCGACCCGGCCACCACGAACGUUGACGGCGGCUUCAAGGAUCUGCUCAAGGGCUUCGCGGGCCUCGCCGUCGAGCGCCCGCGCGCUGCCGGAGGAGUCGACCAGGCCGGCGCAGAGGACGUCGAGCAGCGGAACCGCACACGCCUCAUCGGCCUCAGCGCUCUCGCGGGCGCUGUUGGCUCCGACAUCCUCUAUACGUCCGUCUUUGCGAGCCACUCGUCGCUGAUCGUGCCGGCGCUGCUCGAAAACAUGAAGGACAACCGCGUCACCCUCGACUGGCUCACCAGCGAGUCGAAGAAGGUCGCCGACGGCCGCACCACGUUUUCUGAGCUCAGCAUCAAGAAGCGGCCGCUCGCCUCCCGCCGUGCGCCUUCGCUCUCGGGCCACAUUGAUGGCGAAAAAGGGCCCAAUUACGAGGAGGUCGUCACGCGGGCAAUCGCCAUCAUGCAGGGUCUGCUGCGCCACGGCGACGCGGGCCACGUCCAGUCGGUGGUCGCCCACGCCACCUCUUGGCUCGACGGGCAGUCCUCGCUGACGAUCCCGCCGCCUACGGAUGGCCGACAGGCCAAGUCGCACUGGGAGAACGUCGACUGGUGCCGAUGGCUGGCCCAGUCGCUCUGCAGCUGGACCGCGCUGCAGUACCGCUUCGUCGUGCUGACCACUCUGGUCGAGCACCUGGUCGACGUCUGCGAGGGACAGGCCACCACCAAGCACCUCUCGCUCAUCGAGAUGGCCAAGGGCAUCCUCACUGGUCCGCUCAGCCUCAUUGGCCUCAGCACGUCGGACACGCUCAGCAACCUGGCGGCACUGGCGGUGCGGCGUGUGUACAAGGACACGCGCGACAGCCUCCUGCCUCCGCUAGUCGACUGCAUCAGCGGGCUCGGCACCCACGUCUACUACGCCGACCAGAUCAACGACAUCGCCGACGAGAUUGCCGCCCGAAUCGCCGCUCUGCAGAUGCCAGCGGCCGGUGCUGAAGCGGCUGGCGCUGGCGCCGGUGCCGGUGCUGGCGGCUCGCUCAAGGGCGGGAACCUCACUGAUCACCUUCAGCGCCAGAGGCUCGCCAAUGCUGGUCCCGAGCAGCGCGACGAGAGCAUCCGAGUCCUGCUCUUCUGCCUCAUGGGCGUGCUGCGCACCGCGCACCGCUCCAGCGGCGAGGUGCAGAAGGGUGUCGACGACAGAAUCUCUGAGGACGCCAAGGGCAAGACGGCUGCGGCAGGCAACCAGACGCAGAUCGGACUCGCCCGCGCCGGCACGCGCAACCGCGUCUCGCUGUCGGUGAUGGUGCGGACUGCGUCGCUGCUGACCUCGUCGAACCACGGUGUCCGUCUCGCCUAUAUCCAGACGCUCGUCACCCUCUUCCGCGACGAGAUCGACCGCGAGCGCGGCACAGGCGGAGCGGCCAGCUUCGACGUGGGGCUGUCGGUCGAGAGGAUCGAGGAUGCCAUUGGCUUCAUCCACGCCCUCGCCGCUUCGACCCACGUCAUGGGCCUCAGCAAGUCGCUUUCGGUGGGCCAGGCGGUCACCGGCAACCUACGAGAGUCGCCGCUGGAGAUCCUGCCACAGCUUGAGCGCAUCAACCUCGACCCCGGCAGGCCCGGCUCCCUGAUGAGCGGGACCGCCUCGUCGGGACAGGGCACCGCUUCCGAGGCCACCGCCGCGCUUCCCGUCGACUAUACGGCGAUUGCGCUGGCGCUCGAGGAGCUGAUCUCGGCGGCCCCCAGCGCCGCCGCCUUGGGCCUGACCCCGAUGCUAUUGGCCCUCGACAAGGAUGCUGGCAGCCGUCUGGUGGUCGACGGCCUCUCGAACGGGUCCAACACGGGCCUCGAGAACCAGAGGCGUAUCGCCGCCCGACUCGUCUCGGCCCGCGCUCUGGCGAAGCUCGGCGAGGCGCUCGAAGUCGCCUCCAUCAGCUCGUCGGCCCAGGCGGUGAUCUCGCAGAUUCCGUCCUUUGGCGUCGAGCUCGGUCCCACGCCUCCCGAAGGCCUCACGCUGCCUCCCGAGAUUGUGCCCUUCUCGGUCGUCCCGGGCAUCAACGGUGCUGGCGAGUCGAGCAGCACCGGUUCGCCCUCUGUCAACCGCAGCGGCGUCAUCGAUGGAUUGGCCUCGAGCGCAAAGCUGCAGUCGACGAGCCACCUCGAUACCGCCACGAUCCGACGCUGGCUCGAGCGCGACUGGAGCGUCGGCAUGGCCGUCGACGAGGCCUUUGCCGGUUCCAGCCCAUGUGGCGCGUGGAGCGCCGGCGGUAGCAGCGCCAACCCGACCGCUCUCACCUCGAGGCGGCCGUCGUACGCCCCUUCGUCAUCGGCGGCUGCGGCCCCGGGGGCGGCCAACGGAGCCAACGUCAACGGCACCGGCGAGGGGCUGGCACCGAACGGCUCCGGGUUCCGCCCCAACGGCAGCGUCGUCUCGCUGUCGACGGACACGGCCGAGUCGCGCAGCGCGGGCAUCGACGACUUCCGGGAGGCGCUGGGAGCGUCUGCGACGUCGCAGCCGUCGAGCCGGUUGCUUGGCGUCAAUGGCAACGGCACCGGAGCCAACGACCUGGCGGACCGGCGGGCUUCGCGGAGGGAGUCGCGCAAGAUCAGCGUCGUCGGCCCGGGCGCGGUAGGCUCGGGCGCAGCCGGCCUCAACGCGACGGGCGCCGUCGGCCUGCUCGACUCGCUCAAGGUUGGCGUCGAUGAGCAGGCCGAGAACGACGCCACCAGCGGUGCGCUCGACGCUGCGGCGGGGACGGCCACGGUCCCCAACAGGCCCAUCGCACCGCCAUACGCGGCCUGA